CUAAUUAAUUAAGGUGACUCUUUAUUCCUCGUUUAGAUAACAGAGGACUAUUUACGUAGCUACCCAUGAAAGCUCAUUUUCUCCCUUCUAGAAUUCCUGUUAUCUUUUCUUGACCUAAGAAUAAGAUCCGUUUUUUUUUUAUAAUUUCAUAAGGAAUAAAUAAGAAUUCUUUAUACUUUUUUAAGGAAUAAAUCAGAUUUUUUAAAAAUUAUUUUUUGACCUAAUACCCUUGACUAGCCACAUGCUUUCCCUUCGACAAUUGUAUUUUGGUUACUUAUAUCUCUUUCCACGUGGGCUGCUCCAUGCAUGCAAAGCCGAUCACCAGGCCACCUAUUUAAACAUUUCCCACCCCACGCAUCUCUUCUCAUCCCACAGACUAACUAAUCAAUUCUCCAUAGCCAACCAGCUCGACCAUCUACAGCCAUGGAUCUUGCUUCAAUACUCUUCGCACUUUCGGGAGUCCUCUUCCUUCUGAUCCUCCACAGGCUGGUGGUCAACCCUAGCAACGGAAAAAACAAACCCCUGCAAAUCCCUGAAAUCCCAGGAGGCUUGCCCUUCAUCGGCCACCUCCACCUCCUCGGCGGCGAAGACACGCUGGCCAGGAAGCUGGCCUCCUUCGCCGACAAGCACGGCAGCAUGUUCACCAUCCGCCUCGGCGCCUACCCAACCGUGGUGGUCAGCGACUUCGAGUCCAUGAAGGACUGCUUCGUGAAAAACGACAGAGCCCUCGCCGCCCGCCCUCCUUCCACGCAGGGCAAGAUCCUCGGCAACAACUUCGCCGUCUUCGGGUUCGCCUCCUACGGCGAGUACUGGCGCAACGUCAAGAAGCUCAUCAUCACCGAGAUCAUGUCCCUCCCCAGGAUCAGGGCCCUCAGGCACGUCCAGGUCUCCGAGGUGGACGUCCUAAUCAGGGACCUCCACCUCCAGUGCAGCACCAACAGCCAGCAGGCUGAUCACCACGUGGUGAUCAGCGACUGGCUGCAGAACUUCGUCCUCAACAUCAUCACCAUGAUGGUGGCCGGGAAGAAGUACUUUGAGAACCUGGCAGACAGCGUCGGCCUGCAGGCCGAUGCUGGAGGCCGCCCCGUCGGGGAGCUCAUCAGGGAGUUCAUGGACGUGAACGGAUCGCUCGUGCUGUCGGAUCUGAUUCCGAUCCUCGGGUGGAUCGACAUCAAGGGGAUGAAGAAGGCCAUGAGGAGGAUCUCCAAGGAGCUGGACGUGAUCGUGGACGGUUGGAUCGACGAGCACAAGGUGAAGAGGAACAAGUUGGGUGAGAACUUGGUCCCCGAGGAUUUCAUCGACGUCAUGCUCUCCGUUGUCGAUGACAACUUCGACCCUUCUUCCAAACAUGACAAGGAAACCAUCAUAAAGUCAACCGCUAUGGCGGUGAUUAUUGCGGCGGCGGACACGACGUCCGUGACGCUGACGUGGAUGCUGUCGAACCUCCUGAACAACCGGCGAGCCAUGGCGGCGCUGAAGCAAGAGAUCGACGAGAAAGUAGGGAAAGACCGGAUCGUGGAGGACUCCGACCUCGAAAACCUGACGUACCUGCACGCGGUAAUAAGGGAGACGCUGCGGAUGAACCCGGCGGGGCCGAUCUCGGUGCCGCGCGUGGCAUCGGAGGACAUCACCAUCCGUGGCUACCACGUGCCGAAGGGGACGCGCUUCUUCGCCAACUUCUGGAAGCUUCACCGGAACCCGGAGAUGUUUCCGGAGCCGGACGAGUUCAGGCCGGAGAGGUUCCACGAGAAGGAGGUGAAGGUGGACAUCUACGGGAGGGAUUUCGAGUACCUGCCGUUUGGCACCGGGCGGCGGUCGUGCCCCGGGAUGAACUUCGGGAUGCAGGUGGUGCAGCUGACGGCGGCGAGGCUGAUCCAGGCGUUUGACUUUGGGACGCCGUUUGACCUGCCGGUGGACAUGACGGAGGCCGACAGCACCACGCUCGCCAAGGCGAAGCCGCUGGAAGUCGUGCUGACCCCACGCCUUUCGCCGGAGCUUUACCAGCUGUCUUGAUUAUUAUUUAAUUAAUUAGGAAUAAUUAUGUUAAUCAUCAUCUUAUCCAGCAGCCGCCGCCAGCCAGAUCGUAAUUAAUCAUAGUUUUAUUAAUUAAUUAAUGAUAUAAUAUAAUAUAAUAACCAGGGUGAUGGGAAUAGUUAAUUGAGUAUGCCAGUAUGGAGAUCCUCUGUCCCUUCAGAGACCCUUUGUGGAGAGAUGGGAAAUAUGUAAUAACUGGCUUUCAUGUUUAUUGAUUUUUUUUUUAAACGUUUAAGUUGAUUCAUAUAUAUUUUUUUUAAUAACACUUGAUUCAUAUAUAAAGGUACACAUCUUAUUGCAGUUCAUUUGUCUUCAGCGAAUUAAGUUGUUUUGACAGAUGAAAAGUUAUAUAUGAUUGUUAUACAGACAAUUUUAUUACAGAAGUGGAGACACUAAGUACAACAUAGGUACUUUGUCCCAAUUUUGAACAAAGGUUUAUGAAGUGAUCAAUCUUGGCGUAACGUAGGACCUUCCUAAAGGUCGUUUGGAUGAGGAAUUGCAAAAGAUCAAUUUGACACAAUUGCCUCGUUUUGAGACAAUUGUACCAAAUUGCCUCGUUUGCCAGCAAAAAAAUUGGAUGGAUCAAUCUGCCUGAGGUAUUUUGAAUUGAUCCAUUUUGAGUCAAUUUCAAUUACCUUAGGGUGGGGCAGGUAAUUCGAAUUGCCUCGUUUUAAUUGCCUCGUUUAUAAAACAAAACUAUUGAUCAAAUUGACUCAUUUAUAAAUUGAUCCAUCUAUACUACCUCAAAAUCUUUUCCUAUCAACUUUACGACGUUGAAUCGAGAAACAAAUCCAAGGGACCGGUUAGGUGAUUACUACAAAGUAGUAAUCACCGUGGUUACUAAGGGUAAAUUGGGUAUAAAAAAUAAAUUGUAUUAAUUGAUUUUUUAAUAAAUUACAGUUUAGGUA